GGUGUUGCCCAACUGUAUUACAAACUGCUAAUUGCUAUUGGAGUAAUGGUCCGCCAUUAAUUGACCCAAUCGACAAUAUUGAUUUAUUGGACACAACACAAAAAUAAUCGAUGGUCGAAUGGCACAAAUCAAACACGUUGACCGCAAUCCGCGCACACUAUAUCAGCGAAAUUACCGAUUGAUGGCAUUUGCCGAGGGGGCCGAGGGGGGUUAGAACUCGGCAAACGAUUCUGCCGGUCGACGCCGAAGAACAAUGUUGUGACCACGUGUUUGGGCAGCAUGGUCACGUGUCGACACCAUGAAAAACCACACAACGCGUACCUAGUAGUUUGGACGACGAGCACCAAUUGCAAUGGCCUACUUAUCGCCGUUGUUAAAAUAUACCUACGAGCUUGUAAAUAUAUAUUUGUUUUUCUACUCAAUAAACGGAUGAUUGAUAACGAUUGACGUUCAUCGUCAUUCGUAUCAUUCUACAUUGUGUUUUUGUGUAAUUUUAAUAUUAUUUUUAUUUUUUUAAGCUAUACCUAUUACAAAUAAAUGUAAAUUCAUUUUUUAAGGGGAAUUUUUGAGAUUUUUCAGGAAAUUCAAAUCUUAGUCCAAGCUAUUAUAAUUAAUAUGAGCUAUAUAAAAUCAACAUGAGAUAUAUUUAUAUUUCAUGGAUAAUUUUUUUAAAAUUGGUGUGCUGUGAGUUAGAGGUCAGAAUUGCGGAUGGAAUACUUAGAGGGCAAGUUUUACAGUCAAGGGAUGGACGGACUUAUUACUCUUUUACCGGUAUACCAUAUGCAAAACCACCAAUUGCAGAAUUAAGGUUUAAGGCACCAGAACCAGUCGAACCUUGGAACGGAAUAUUAGAUGCAUCAUCUGAAUCGAACAAAAUAUGCAUACAAAAAAAUGUCACGGAUUGUCACGAAGAUUGUUUGUACUUAAAUGUCUUCACUCCAAAAGUUGAUAAAAAGUUUUUACCAGUAAUGUUUUGGAUUCACGGUGGUAUGUUUUCUCAUGGUCAUGGUGGACCCGGUAAACAUGGGCCUGAAUAUUUUAUGGACAAAGACGUUUUAUUAGUUUCUAUAAAUUAUAGGCUCGGUAUUUUAGGCUUUCUUAGUACUGAGGAUGAUGUGAUACCUGGCAACUAUGGAAUGAAAGACCAAGUAAUGGCUUUACGUUGGGUACAAAAAAACAUCGUUCAUUUCAACGGCGAUCCUAAUCAGGUGACAAUAUUUGGCGAAAGUUCAGGAGGCGCUAGUACAGGAUUUCAUAUGUUAUCACCAAUGAGUAAAGGUCUUUUUCAUAAAGUUAUACUUCAAAGUGGAACUCCAGUUUGUAAAUGGGCUAUUUCACCUGUUGGACUACCUCGUAAACGCGCCCACGCGGUAGCUACUAUUGCCGGAUGUAAUUUCGAUACUUCCGAAGACAUAUUGAAAUGUUUUAGAAAACUUUCAUCCGACAAUAUUAUUGAUCUUCAAAACAGAUUAUAUGUAUGGCUUUCACAUCCGUGUAUACACUUUAAUCCUGUUGUCGAAAAUUGUAAUUCUGGUCAAGAAGCAUUUCUUUGUCAUCAUCCUAUAUACAAUUUUAAACAAGAGUCAUUUGUACCUGCUAUUAUUGGUCUGAAUUCAGGUGAAGGUCGUAUGUUUUUAGCAUCUUUGUACAACAGCACUUCUAUGAUAAACACCGAGUUCCAGACGUAUUUUAAUCGUUUACUAUCUAUUAUGCUUUUUUAUAACCAGUAUACAAGACAUGAAGAUUUAGAUGAAAUUGGAGAUAUAGUGUUAAAAGAGUAUUUUCCAUCCGGAAGAUUGGAUGACAAUACCCAUUUGAAUGCGGUUAAAAUGAUAAGUGAUGGAUGUUUUACUCAUUGCGUAAUAGAUAUGGCAAAAAAAUUGUCAUCACCAGUCUACAUUUAUUAUUACGAUUAUCAAAAUGAGUUUUCAAAAAACAAACUAUUUGACUCAUGGCAAAAAAAUUUAGGAGUCACUCACGGCGAUGAACUAAAUAGUCUGUUUAAAAAAAGUAGUUUAAAUUCAAAUGAUUUAAAUGAAGACGAUCUUAACGUUUCUAGAUUAUUAGUUAAUAUUUGGUAUAGAUUUGCAACUUUUGAGACUUCUACCAUUGAUGGAACAGAUACUGGGCCUGCUUGGCCAAAAUUUACUUUCAGUGAACAAUUUAAAAUUUUACAUAUUGAUUCAGCGCAACCAAAAAUCAUACAAAAUCCAUUCUACGAGAAAUAUAAAUUUUGGAACCAAUUACCUUACAGUUUCAAUUUAAAUCAAACUAUAACACAAGAAUUAUCAAACAUAAAAACUGAACUAUAUUGGACAGAUAAAAUGAUGAUUAUAAAAUGGACUUUUAUUGCUGUCAUGGUGUUUUUAGAUUUAGUGUACUGUAUAUCAGAGAAGUUGGAAAUAAAUAAAGGUGUAAUAAAAGGACAAAUUUUGAAAUCUCGAAAUGGGCAAUCUUAUUAUUCUUAUACGGGCAUACCUUAUGCAAAACCACCAAUUGGAGAACUCAGGUUUAAGGCACCAGUACCAGUUGAAUCAUGGGACGGUAUAUUGGAUACUACAAAAGAAUCAAAUAUAUGUAUUCAAUCGGGAAGCACAGACGGUCAGGAAGACUGUUUAUAUUUAAAUGUUUAUUCUCCAAAAACUAAUAAAAAAUCUUUACCAAUCAUGUUUUGGAUUCACGGAGGAGGAUUUACUUGGGGCAACAGUAGGUCUAGUAUGUUCGGGCCAGAUUAUCUUAUGGACAAAGACGUGAUAUUGGUAACAAUACAUUAUAGACUUGGUAUAUUAGGAUUUCUUAGCACCGAAGAUGAUGUGAUACCUGGCAACUAUGGAAUAAAAGAUCAAGUUGCUGCAUUACGUUGGGUACAACAGAACAUAGUACAUUUUAACGGUGAUCCUAAUCGAGUGACAAUCUUUGGUGGAAGUGCUGGAGGCGCCAGCACAGGGUUUCAUAUGUUAUCGCCAAUGAGUAAAGGUCUUUUUCAUAAAGUUAUACUUCAAAGUGGUGCACCAGUUUGUAAGUGGGCCAUUUUACCUCCUGGAAUUCCCCGUAAACGUGCCCAUGCAGUGGCAACUAUUUCAGGAUGUAUAUUUGAUACUUCUAAAGAUAUACUGCAAUGUUUAAGAAAAGUUCCAGCUCAAUAUUUGAUAGAUCUUCAUACCAAAUUAUUUACUUGGAUUACUCAUCCUUCAGUUUUAUUCAGCCCUGUAGUUGAAAACUGUAAUUCUGGCCAAGAAGCAUUUCUGUGUCAUCAUCCGAUAUUUGACUUUCAUCAAGAAUCAUUCGUGCCUGCUAUUGUUGGAUUGAACUCAGAAGAAGGUGGUCUUUUUGUAGCAUCUUUGUACAAUAAUACAUCAUUAAUACAUCCAGAAUUUCAAAUGGAUUUUAAUCGCUUGGUGGCCAUCAUGGCAAAUUAUAAUUAUUACACAAAACCUGAGUAUAUUGAUGAAAUUGGAGAAAAAGUGUUUAAAAAGUACUUCCCAUCAGGAGGUAUAGAUGAUCAUACGCAUAUUAGUGCUGUUAAUAUGUUUACCGAUUCAGUUUUUGCAGAAUGCAUUAUUGAUAUGGCAUAUAAAUUGUCAUCUCCUGUGUAUAGUUAUUUUUAUAACUAUCAAAAUGAAUUUUCUUUUAAUACAUUAUUUGGCUCAUGUGAGAAACCUUUAGGAGUCACUCAUGGCGAUGAACUAAAUAGUAUUUUCAAAAUGAAUAGCUUGAAUCCAAAUGAUUUAAACGAAAAAGAUUUUAAAGUUUCAAAAUUAAUUAUUGAUAUUUUUUAUAAAUUUGUUACAUCUGAUAAUCCUACUAUUGAUGGAUUAGAAAAUGGAUUAUCUUGGCCUAAAUUUACUCAAUCAAACCAAUCGAUGAUUCUAUUGAAUUCAAGUUAUCCUAAUAUUAUUCAAAAUCCGUGUAUGGAUGCAUAUGCAUUUUGGAAAAAACUCAUGUAAUUCAAUAAACAAUACUUAGUUCCAAUAAUAAUCAAAAGAAUAAAACAAAUGAACAUUUUAAAAAUUAACUGAUUAUAUAUUUUUUUACUAUUGUUUGUUUAUAUAGCAAAUCAUUAAAUUGGGUUUUUAAUUUAUAAUA